AUGGGAUGCGAGAUACCCUGCGGAGGUUGCAGCAGCGACUGCAACCCGACCGACAUCGAGGACUACGAGAGGGAGCUGUCGGAACUCCAGAAGAGGACCAAGGAGGUGGAGGCGAAGCUGGCCCGGCUCAACGCGAAGAAGCCGGAGGCGCCCAAGCCGAAGCUCUUGCGCUCGUCCAACUGGUUCAGCCGCAAGGACGACCUCACGAUGAGCGCCCUCUACGUCGAGCGCUACCUCAACUCGGGCAUCACGAGGGAGGAGCUGGUGUCUGGGAAGCCCAUCGUCGGCAUCGCGCAGUCGGGCAGCGACAUCGCCCCGUGCAACCGGCACCACCUCGAGCUGGCCAAGCGCGUGCGCGAGGGCAUCCGGUCGGCCGGCGGGGUCGCCUUCGAGUUCCCCAUGCACCCGAUCCAGGAGAGCACCCGCCGGCCCACGGCCACCCUCGACCGCAACCUCGCCUACCUGGGCCUGGUCGAGCUGAUGCACGCGUACCCCUUUGACGGCGUCGUGAUGCUCACGGGCUGUGACAAGACGACCCCGGCUUGUCUCAUGGCUGCUGCGACUGUCAACAUCCCGACUAUCUGUCUUAAUGUCGGGCCCAUGCUGAACGGCUGGAUGAACGGGCAGAGGGUCGGGUCCGGGUCGGUCGUGUGGCAGGCUCGUGAGCUGCAUGCGGCGGGAUAUAUUGCGGAUGACGAGGUUGCGGACUUUGUUGCGAGCGGCACCCCUUCCCCUGGGCACUGCAAUACCAUGGGCACAGCAUCCACGAUGAACGCCCUGGCUGAAGCCUUGGGAAUGGCUCUGCCGGGCUCGGCAGCGAUCCCAGCGCCGUACAGAGAGCGUUCACAGAUGGCCUACAAGACAGGCACUCGCAUUGUUGAGAUGGUCCACGAGGACUUGAAGCCAUGUGAUAUCAUGACACGACAAGCCUUCGAGAAUGCCAUAGUCGCCAACACCGCCAUCGGCGGCAGCACCAACGCACCCAUCCACCUCUGCGCUGUUGCAAAACACGCAGGAGUGCCUCUGGACCUCGACGACUGGGACCGGCUCGGCUUCACAAUCCCGCUGCUGCUGAACAUGCAACCAGCAGGAGAGAUGCUCAGCGAGGACUACUACCGCGCGGGCGGCCUGUCCGCCAUCCUGGCCGAGCUCCUCGAGGCAGGGAGGCUGCCGCACCCGGGCGCCCUCACGUGCAGCGGCAAGAGCAUGGAGAAGAACAACCGCGGCAAGCUGACGUGGGACCGGCGCACCAUCAGGCCGUUCGCCGACCCGCUCAAGGAGAACGCCGGCUUCCUCCACAUGAAGGGCACCCUCUUCGACUCGGCCAUCAUGAAGACCUCGGUCAUCUCGCCCGAGUUCCGCGCCGAGUUCCUCGAGGACCCAAACGACCCCAACGCCUUCGAGAGCCGCGUCGCCGUCUUCGACGGGCCCGAGGACUACCACGCGCGCCUCGAGUCCGCCUCGGGCGCCGGCGCCAUCGACCGCCGCACCAUCCUCGUCAUGCGCGGCGUCGGGCCGCUGGGGUACCCGGGCGCCGCCGAGGUGGUCAACAUGCACGCGCCCUCGCGCCUGCUCAAGCAGGGCGUCAAGGACCUGCCAUGCAUCGGCGACGGCCGGCAGAGCGGCACGUCCGCUGCGCCCUCGAUCCUCAACGCCACGCCCGAGGCGGCGGAUGGCGGCAACCUCGCGCUCCUGCGGGACGGCGACCGCGUCAGGGUCGACCUUGAGGCGCGGAGGGUCGACGUCUUGCUGCCCGAGGAGGAGCUCAAGGCAAGGCGGAAAGAACUGGAGGCCCGCGGUGGGUACCAUGGCCCGCCGAGCCAGACACCUUGGCAGGAUAUCUUCCGGCGUGAGGUCGGGGGUUUGAGCGAAGGCAUGGUCUUGAAGCGUGCUGUUCAGUUUCAGCGUGUCGCGCAGGCGCAUCCUGCUCCUAGAGAUAACCACUGA